UGAAGUAUUUAGAUACUUCAAGCAUGUGUAAAGCAGUGCAAGUGAAUAAAAAUUGGCAGAAUAUUAUUGAUGGUGAUAAGAUAAUUUGGAAAAAGCGGAUAUUAUCAGAUGGAUUUAACUUGGAAAAAUCCGAUGAAGAACAUGCUAUACGUGAAAAUUGGAGCAUACAAAAUUCAAUCGAUUCACCAUCAUUACGCGUACUUCCAUCUUCAAUAAGCCAUCCUUAUAAAGAAAUUUACCAGUGA